UCCCUCAAACUCACACUCACACUUGCACUCUCACUCACUUACUUACCUAUAGAGAGAUAAACAAAGUAAGUUUUUGAUUGGUAGAGUGAGAGAGAGAGAGAAAUAGGGAACGGGACAAAAGGGUUCAGCUUUUUUAGGGUGAAAGUGAGAUCUUUUAAGCGCACAUCCAUUUAAGCAGAGCGAAACAAACAAACAAAGAAAAGAAAGAGAAAGAGAGAGAGAGAGAGAAUAGACUUAAUGUUCACGCUAUUAUAUUACAUUACAUUUACAUUAUAGUCUGCUCUCGUUUCUGAAACAAAGAAACUCAGAUUGAUAAACCCCCUCUCCUCCCUCCCCUCAUAACUUCUCUGCCUAGCCUAGGGUUAUCUUAUUGGUACUGCUUUAGCAAGAGAGAGAAACAACAAACAACAAACAACAAGCAUGCUGGACUACGAAUGGGGAAACCCGUCUAACAUAAUGCUUACCGGAAAUGAAGACGCCUCCGCCGCAGCAGCCUCCGAUCAAGCUCACCGUCAAUUAUUCGACCACUACACUUCUCAAACCAUGUUAUCCGACAACUACCUACACCACCCAUCUGGGCCCAACAUCAACAUAAACACAACUGAUUUCACUCACCACCACUUUAACCCACAACAACAGCACCAUAUGCAUCACCCUUUCUUUGACCCACGCGCUUACCAAGCCGCGUCCUCAACAAAUUCCUACCCUCCACCCCAACCACCACCACCUCCUUCCAUGCUCUCCCUCGACCCACUCCCUCAUGUAAACACACAUAACUGUGCCCCUGGACUCCUCCUCGUCCCUAAAUCUGAAGACGUUGGAAGGCCCAUGGACUUCGUCGGCUCCAGAAUUGGACUCAACCUAGGCGGCCGCACCUACUUUUCCUCUUCUGAAGACGACUUCGUCACCCGCCUCUACCGCCGUUCCAGACCACCUGAACCUGGUUCUUCUGCUUCCUCCAACUCCCCAAGGUGUCAGGCCGAAGGAUGCAAUGCUGAUCUGUCUCAGGCCAAGCACUACCACCGCCGACACAAGGUCUGCGAGUUUCACUCCAAGGCCGCCACCGUUAUCGCUGCUGGCUUGACUCAGCGAUUCUGCCAGCAAUGCAGCAGGUUUCAUCUUCUUUCUGAGUUUGAUAAUGGAAAACGUAGCUGCAGGAAGAGAUUAGCUGAUCAUAAUCGUCGCAGAAGAAAAACUCAGCACCCAAAUACUCAAGAUAUUCACAAAUCUCACAAUACUUUGGAAAUUCCUGCAAGAUCCCCGCCGGAGUCGGGAACCCAAUCUUCAUCGUCGGUGACGGUGGCGGUGUCGCCGCCGGAUUAUUUUAGACAAAGGCCAUACCAAAGCACAAGUCCUUCAACAACUUCAAGCUCAAUGUUUUUCACCAGCGGGUAGUGUGUGCAAGCAAUGUGUAUCUAGCUAGCUAGCAAGUAGGAGCAUGCAUUCCGGUUGAAUUAAUUAAUUAAUUAAUUAAUUUGCAUGGCUAAUUAAUAUAUAUUUCGAAGAAGAAAUGAGUUAAUGGAGGAGCGUCCCUUGCAAUAAUAUAUAAUAAUGACAAUAAUAAUAAUAUGUAAUAGCUAGUAUAGUCCGAGUUGUAACCUUUGUCCUAAAAUGAAUUUGAAAUUAGUUAAGCUUAAUAAUAUGGCGUACGUUGUUACUUAUUAGUAAGAAGAGUUGAAUGUAGAAAAGUGGGAGUAAAAAAAUAAUACAAGUAAUGAAUGGUAAAGCGUAGAAGAGGAAAUUGGCCCCGUCUAUUUGGAUUUAGCCGGAAAUAGUAUCUGUUAGGGUCACAGACUGAACACGGGGUAUUCAUGCCUAUUACACAUUCAUUUUUGGGCAAUGAAUAAUUUUCGUUUUGUCUGGUACUUGAUAUUUUCCUGAAAAAUGAAGUGAUUAUUAUUAUGUAUAUAAUGUUCAAAAUUGA